AUGGGUUCCAAGACACUUUUUUUCUUUUGCAUCUCCUUGGCUAUAGUCCUAACAAUUACCUCACAGGUGGCUGCUAGGGAAUUGGCUGAGACUUCCACGACGGUUGACAAUCCCAAGACACUUGAGACUCGUCCUGCCUAUGGGGCUCCUGUAGGAGGAGGCCAAGGAGGGGACCCUGGAGGUUGGCAUCGUGAUGGUGGCUACGGACGAGGUGGGGGCGGCCGCUAUGGGGGAUAUCCUGGUCAGGCUGUGGAUGCUGAGCCUUAG